GAGAUCUCUUGUCGCCGGACCCCGACAACGCGUUGGCCGUUGCCUUGACCGGACUCCUCACUUGGGCCAGUGUCCAGGUUGUCUUUCAGCUCUUCUUCAUCUCGGUCGCCAUCCUCCUCGCUGCUCUCAAGAAAGAUCAUGCCCAGAGAGAAUCUUACAGGUGCAGGCAAGCAAACAGGGAUGUGUAUGUGAUCCUGCCUUAAAGGUUCAUCUACAUCUCUCUACCUUGCUUCUCCCCAUUUCUUAUCCCUUGAAUAAUCCAAGCCAGAUAAAGUCCUUACGCCUUCACCUUUAAAAAACUAACCAAACGAAGCGACCCCAAACCACCGCAAGAAGCAAUAACAAUCAAUUAUUGAUGCCCCAACAUGCACUUUGUUCUACCUCGAAAACCCAUUUCUAUGCUUUUUUUUUUCUUCUGGAAUAAAAAAAUCUCAAUUGGAGUGGGGCCUAAACUAGCUUUUCUCGCAUGUCUCUCUCUAUUGGCAAGGAUAAGAACCCGCCCCCAAUCAGGCAUGCCAUGAUUGUUACUUUCUUCUUCCUUGGAAACAAAUUAUUCUAAUUAUUCUAUGCUAGAUCUUCUUCUUCCAAUUCCACCUUGAAUCUUGAUUGGAGAUGGAGAUGGAGCUGGAGGAGUGGGAGUUCCUGCCGGACGCCGACAGCUUUCUCGAAUUGGGCCAUGAGGCGAAAAGAGAUGUGGUGUUCAAGGAGCUGAUCGUCGACAUGAACUACUUCAUCUGCCCGUCUCUCCCUCUCAUGGACCGCGAGCUGAGCCCUUCGAGCUCCGCCCCACCCGCGGAGGAGGCUCAGAAGAAGGAGCUGGUUGAAGAAUUCAAGGAUAUCACCGUGGUGCUGCCGGCGGCGAUCGCCGUCGGCCCCCACCUCCACGACGUGGUGUCGCAAGUCUUCUUCAAGAAGCUCACGGACAACGAAUUCGUCGACAUGAAAGUGGAGUCCCCCCGGGGAGCCACCCUGACUCAUUUGGAGCCGGAAGGCAAGGAGGCGGAGGAGGAGGAGGAGGGCGCGGCCAAAGCUGAGGACGACCGUAAAGGCGACGGGUGCGAAUCGAUGAACACAUGGAACCGGAGGUUGGUCGGCGUAGGCACCUUCUGCUCGCUGGGAGCCGCCGCCGCUGCCACCGCCUUCAUGUUUGUGCUGGGGGGACGACACCUGCAGAGCCAGCAGCACAACCACAGGAUCCAAUUCUGCAUCUACUCCGACGACAAGAGGACGAAUUGGACGACGACGAUGAUGCACCGGGCAACGAGGCCGAACCAGGCGCACAUAUCGUUCGGAGGCUACUGCGCCACUGCUUGAUCAACUCUUUCUUUCAAUUAUAAACAUCUAAAUAAAACUGGAAUAUCUAGUUCGCCUGCUCCAAUGACUCUGUAAAUUAUACAUAGAUUUAUCUGAACUUUUGGAUUUUGAUUCCGCAAAA